ACAAAUAAAAUACAUGUAAAAACAAAUAAAAUUUUGCUGGUAAAACCAAAAUUCACUACUACAAAAACUAGAAUAAGAAACGCAAGAUAUAGAACGGUUAACUUAGAUAUGCAAUCUCUAGGAUUAUAUAGAACGCCUAUCUUAGUUAACCGUUCUAUUUGAUUUUUUUUUUAUUUUAUUAAAUUGUGAUUUUAUUACAUAGAAACGCAUAUCUUAGUAAACCGUUCUAUUUGAUAUAUCCAAAUUUUACACUUACAAUAUAGAUCGCUCCUCUUAGUUAACCGUUCCAUAUGUUUAACAUUAUUUUUUUAAAAAUGAAAAUAAAAAUAAAAAUCUAACAUACCAAGAGGCCCAAAAUUCUAUCCCUAAUUUUCCUUAAAAAAAAAAAAAAAAAAAAAAAAAAAAAAAAAAAAAAAUCUAACCCUAACUCCUCUAAGAGCCGUUAUUCUCAAAUAACUUCCCCUCUUCAUUUCCUCAUCCUCUAUCUCACGCACUUCUUGCUUCUUCCCUCCUUUGAAAUCCUUACUCCUUUAUCUUCUACCUUUAUCCCUCAAAGUCUGAUCAUCAUAAAAACUCCGGCUGACAUCCGAUUAACCCCUUCUCCGUCGUCUUCUUCCUAUAUUUACAACUAAACUUCGAUGCAAUACGGUGCGCGAAAGCUCAAACCAUUGAAACCUCGAUUUUUCUCUGUUUAUGGUCGCAAGUUGUUGUGGGUUGAUUGGGGUUUUACAUUAUUAAGGUAGGUGAUGGCUGACAUUGAAUUGAUUGGUGGGUCGUGUAAGGUGGUUGGAGGCGCUGCGGUGGUUGAGGUUGGUGGAGACAUUGCGGUGGUCGACGUUGGUGGAGAUGCUGCAAUGGUCGAGGUUGGUCGAGGCGCUACUAGGGAGUGGUUCAAGUUGGUGGAAGCACUGCUGUUAGUUCAGGUUGUUGAAGCUCCGCUGUGGUUGAACUGUACUGUAUCAAAAUUAAUUUUGUUGGUGGAGGUGGUUUCGAAUUUCAUGGGCAGUUUAAGUUGCACUUCUGAAGUUCUUAGCAGUUUAGCACAUUGAUAAUUAUUAAGUUAGGGUAUAGAAUUGUAUCAAAAUGUCCUUGAGAUGUAAUUAUUUGAAUAUAAAGAAUACUUAGUAAUAAAGGUUCUUUUUAAUUUGAUAUUUGACUUUUA